CUGAGUGCAGAGAGCAGUUUGAAGUGUUUCAAUAAGAGGAUAUUAAAAUGGAUAGGAUUUGGUCUGUAUUAGUACUUCUUCCAGUAUUUAUGCAAAUAGCCAUCAGCAAGCCUCUAUCUGUAUAUAGAAAAGAAACUACUAACAAACUGCUUGUUAUAUCCUUUGAUGGAUUUCGCUGGAAUUAUGAUGAAGAUGUUUAUACACCAAACUUGGACUAUCUGACUGAGAUUGGAGUAAAAGCUAAGUAUAUAAGUCCUCCGUUUGUAACAAUGACAUCUCCAUCUCACUUCACCACAAUAACUGGGCGCUGGAUAGAAGAUCAUGGUGUAAUCCACAAUUUGAUGUUUAACCCUGAGACUCUAGAAAAACUUAGCUUUAAAAAAACGCAAACUAUGUCGGAAUGGUGGGACAAUGGAGUAUUGCCUUUGUGGAUUACUGCCCAAAACCAGGGUCUAAAAACUGGAUCCUUUCAUUAUCCUGGUGGAGGUGCAAAGUAUGGUGAACAAGCAGUGUUUAAAUCUCUGGUGGAAGAGCCUGACCAUCCUGACAGCAAUGAGACUGAGUGGAGGGAAAACAUAGACAUAGUUAUGAAAUGGUUCAACGAAGAAAAUUUAGAUUUUGUAACGCUCUACUAUGGGGAACCUGACAAAACAGGGCACUUGAUAGGCCCCGAAACAGAGAAGAGAAAGGAAAUUAUUCAACAGAUCGAUAGAACUAUUGGAUAUCUGUUAGAUGCAAUUCAAAAGAACAACUUAAAAGACAAAUUAAAUGUCAUCAUUACAUCAGAUCAUGGUAUGACCAAUGUUAAAAAGCAACCAGAUGUUACUGAAAUAAAACUAGCAGAUUACAUUAAUUUUAAAGAUCUCGUCAAAUUUGACAUAUUGGAUUAUGGCGGUUUUGGGAUGGUUUUACCAAAAGAAGGAAAAGAGGAGGAGAUAUAUCAGAAACUAAAGAAUGCACACCCUCAUUUAAAUGUAUACAAGAAAGAGGAAUUUCCUGAACAUUUUCAUUUUUCCAAAUUUAAAAGAGUCUUACCAAUCUUGCUGUAUGGAGAUCUUGGCUACAGUGUAAAUGGGAGACUCAUUUUGUAUGUGAAUAAGGGCGACCAUGGAUUUGAUAACAAUGAAAUGGAUAUGAAGAUGAUAUUUCGAGCAUUUGGUCCAGAUUUUAAAAAGAACUACAUUUCAAACCCAUUUGACAGCAUUCAUAUAUACCCUCUAAUGUGUAAACUCUUAGGGGUUAUACCUGAGCCUCACAAUGGUUCCUUAGCCAUUACACAGGAUAUGAUUACAAGUGCUGCAAACCCAGGUGACCCAGAUGAGCCAAAUCAAGACAAUACAAGCAGUGCAGCCUUUAUUGCAGGGAUAAUAAUGAGUGCACUUCUUGGAGUCCUUCUGCUGGUUUUUGUCAUAUAUGUACCUUACACAGUGGUGAAAAGAAGGAAAGUAGAAAAGAAAAAUCAGAAAGCUGGAAAACAAGUGGAGGAACAUAAAGAACCAACAACACCAUUUUAACCAGUUAUGAAUUGAUAAUUGUGUCUAUAAGUAAAAUAUGACUUAAUGUA